GGAAAUGGCCGCAGCGAGAGAAUAUUUGUUUGUUGGUGUUUUAGGUGUCUCUGUAUUUUGUAUUGUCUCGUGGAAGUACUCAAUACUAGGGGUGAAGGAUGCUGUGAAAUUAGCAGGACGCGGAAUGUUGUUUCUUGGUUUGUCAGUUUUCAUGACCACCUUUCUGUACCCAAAGCUGAAGCGGUUCUUGUUCCCCGGGAGCACGCCAGCAUUAGUCAGUCCUGCCGAGGAAUCGCAUGUUGGAUUUAAACAGGAACAAGCAAGAAGAGAGCAACAGCAUCAGCACAUCGUUAAGUCGAAUACCUAUCAUGAGGCUGUGUUAAAGCCUCGACAGGAAGUAGUGCGCAGAAAGAAGGAAGAAAACUUCUAUCGUAUGACUGGACAGACCUGGAAGCUUAGUCCAGGUGUACCACUAGGAGGGGAGGAAGAAAUUGGAUCAGUUACAGAGGAUGGUGACAAUGAGACCCCCUCCCUGCAGGCUGCCAAAAAGCGAAAAGUGCUAGAUAUGCCUCUAGCUCCUGUUCUAAAAGACCUGCCUAAGGAGAAAAGGAUCAUAAUUCUUCCUGAAGAGCCUUCAGAAGAUGCAGAGGGGGUUGUGAAAAUUGCAUUGAGAUGUCCAAGUGGAAGAAUCCUACGAAGAAGGUUCUUCAAAACCUGCUGUUCUUUAGUCCUUUUAGACUGGUUGUACAAGUCUGGAUACUCUCCCAUUAUUUAUGCAUUGUACACCUCCUAUCCCAGAAGACUACUGCUCACACAGAGAGAUCUCAGUAUGGAAGAUGUUGGCAUAAUUACAGAUACCAUCCUUAAUGUGGGAGAAAAAGACCCACCCACAGUCUAACACAUUUCCCAGUCCAUUUAAGAUUUGUUUUUUGUUUAUCACAUUUUGUUCUUUACAAAAUCUUGUAGAAGAGUCCCAAUUUCAUAAUCUGUAAAAAUCUUUUUAUUCCACAUUUAAUGUGUAACUUAUUUCCUGCCCUGUGGUUGGUUGGUUGGUUGGAAGGUUGGAAGAGGCAGAGCAGCAUGACUGCAUUUUUGGCACACUGCCACUAACAAUUUCAGUUGUUAUAGGUCACAGGCUAUGCAUUUUUGGAAGACCUACCAUUAGCCAAACCCUCAGUAAUAUAAACCUUAUAACUGAUCUUGGGUCAGUGGAGAAGGGCCCUUCCUAUAGACACUGCAGUCAGUUGGGCUCCAUGGUUUUGGUUCUAUGUUUACACAAAGCACAGUACAAACAUCAUAGAUGCCGAGGGCAGAGCUAAGUCACUGUCAAUAAGUAGUUGCCUGUAUAUCAUAUUGAUAUCAAUCUGGUGUAUACAGGUGAUCAAGACUUGUUUCAGGCAAAUGUAAUGAUUUUAGCAAAAAAAAAACCUCAUUUGGAGUAGUUUGCACUUAAAAGUACUUUAUUAGUUCAAAUACAUCAAAGAGGAGGCAAUCACUUUAUGACAAAUGCACAGAAAAGACAGUAAACACAAUAUGGUAGACAAAGGGGGAUAGUUGAGUUGAGAAAUCCAUAUACAUGAAAGCAUACACUCCCAAAAAAGAGGCUCUUCCCUACGAUUAAGCAUUCAUUCCCAAUAGCAUAGUGUUUCUUUUUGGUGAGGACAGGAAAGGAUAUAAGCUUGUGCACUUGUAUAAAAUGUUACCUUAUUUCACAUGCCUGGCAUCGCCAACGUAAAGAACAUCAUUUGUCCAGUGAUGCUGAAGGGGGAAAGCUAGAUAUCACUUUUCUUAAGAGUAAUGUACAAUUCAAGAACAAAGAGAACAUUACUAUCCAUAGUAUACAGCAGGCAAUUGCACUAUAGGCUAAAAUGGGACACUGUGUAGCAGUAUUGAGACACAGGGCAAUUUGUAUUUCUGCAAUUAAAUGCUUAUAUGGCA